GAUAACAUAACAAACAAACUGCAAUUGCGAACUGCGAAGUUACAAGUUAGGAAGUUAUUUCAAUUUCAGUCCUUUGAAAGGAUCAUGAUUCUUAACGGUUUGUUUCCAUUUUACGGUGAAAAUCAAUUUUUCACUCUGAGGUAGUGUCAUGUGCAUUAUGCAAAUACUCGACGAUGAGUUUCUUCGGGAAAAGUUCCAGACAAAGUAGGAGGAAGAAAGACGAAUUCAAAGCGAUGUUUGAGAGAAAAUUCUGUCUGGCCAAGUCAGAUCCAGAACCCACAUUUGAUCUAAGUGGAUGUGGACUUGAGACUGUGCCAUCGGCUGUUUUUAAGUUUGUUGCUGUCCUGAGAAAAUCAGCUCUCUUUUUACAAAAUAAUGAACUAACAUCAUUCGGGAGCAAAGGGAACAUGAAAGACCUGGAGCUUCUAGAAACUUUGAUUUUAAGCACCAACAAAUUGACCAUUGUGCCUUCUGAUAUCAUUUUAUUGCAAUAUUUAAAAAUUCUAGAUUUAAGUCGAAAUCAGCUUGCAAGCCUCCCUGAUUCGAUUUGCGAGCUCAAGAGUCUGGAAGAUAUGAAUCUAUCUUCGAACAAGCUUUCAAAACUGCCAGUGAACAUAGGAAGACUGACCAAACUAUCACGACUUGAUGUCAGCAACAAUGCAGAGUUGAAGACACUGCCUUCAUCAUUGCAUCAUGCAACAGUGCUUGUUGAAAUAAACUGGAGCCAGAACCAGGACUUCACGUUUCCUCCUCAGGACAUUAUGCGUCAAGGGCCUGCUCGAAUUUUGUCAUUCCUUGCUCAAGAAUGUGAUUCAGGCUGUGAUAUAAACUCAAACGAAAAUCUUCAUUUGAAAAAUUCCUCAAAAAACGUGCCCUCACCUGUGCUGCUGCAACACGAAGAGAUGGAGGCGAAAUUAAAGUUACAAGAACAACUCCGAACUGAAAGAGCCAAAGAGAAAGUGGCGUUUGAAGAAGCGCUAAUGAAGCAGAAACAAUCAGAGUUAGAGUGUCUACUGAGCGAGAAAGAGAAAAGGAAGAAAAUGCUGCGAGAUAUAACAAAAGAGCAAGUCGAACUGGAGAUUCGAAUGAAAAACCUACAGUUGCAGAAAGAAACAGAACGCUCAGACUUACUGCUAUGUCUAAAAGAGGCGGAGAGACUCACUAGUGCAGUAAUCACAGAACUUCUCGAGAGGAAUAGUCAAAUGCGCAGUAGUGAGUAUAGACUUCGUCUGGAGGAAGAAGAUAGAGCACUACAAGAAAAAUUGCUCAAAACUCACUUCGAGAAGUCUCAACUUUAUCGCAAGGAAGCUAUCUAUGAGGCCAUGUACAACUGUCUUGUAGCAGAACGCAAACUAGAGAAACAAUUCUGUGAUCAUCGAGCUGCCAUGACUGAAUUGCAAACCAGAUCUAUGAAAAGUGAGGAACGGAUGAAUGAAAAUUUGGAGGAACUGAUGAAGAAUCGGAGCUCAGAGUGCAACGAGCUGAUCAAGUCAAUCGAGCAAAAUGAGGAUCUUCAAAGGUCGGCCGUAAGCGCACUUUUGGAGCAAUCUGAUGUCCAGUCCUUCCGACUCAUGCACGAAAUCCAAAGCGUAGAAAAACAACUUGCCCAGGCUACGCAGCUUGAACUUGAAGAAAGAAGGCUAACAGUGCUGGGAAAUAUCGUGGAAUUAUGCAAGGAACGAGCUGCUCUGUCGCAGCUGCUCGAAGAACUCCUCAAGCAGCGAGAUGAAAGGAGACUGCAACUGCUGAGCACAAUAAAUAUACUGCAGAGUCAACACUUGAACAAGAAUCUAGCGAAUGAUCCCGAUUACUGGCUUCAGCAGUACCAAACCCUUUUGAGGCUACUGCCAGGAAACUUGCAGAAAGCACAACAGAUGCUAGACGCUCGUCUGAUCCAUCAAUUGGUCUUGGCCAACGCAAUCCAUUGUCUUCCAUUCGUUGCUCACUGUGCCAACUCUAUGGUGAUUCGAGAAAUUUCAGACCAGGAUCUCAUAAAUAGUGGUGUUGUUCUUGGCUCGGAUCGUGCCAAAGUUUUGGAGGCCAUAGGAAAUUUCUUGUUGGAAAUUGAAUCGCCAGUUGUACCUGUCCUUGACGAAAGUAUCGAGACUAACAACACUCCAUCAGCGCCUCCUAUGAAUGAGUGCAUCAUCUGCUUCGAGAGAGAGAUUUCAGUGGUGUUCAUGGAAUGCGGCCAUUGUUGCUGCUGUGAUACUUGCACCGUGCCUUUAAACUGCUGCCCGCUUUGUCGAGCAGCCAUCCAUCGCAAAAUCAAACUCCAUUUAAGCUGAACUCUCCUGAUGAAUGUACCUAAAUUUUCAUAUGUUACCUACCUUAUCCAAGGCUGUUUUUGCACAAUUCAUCUUUUUACUCAAGUUUUUUCAUUAUUACUAUUGUAAGCAUGUAGGAUUAAGAAAUUAUGCUAAAGAUACGUAUCAAAUGCCUUGAAUUUUGUUUGAUGAAGAUUAUAUCAACUGUAAAAAUCAAAAAUAACUAUUUCAGUUGCAGUCCAGUAGCAAUAACUUUUGAUAAGAACCUUUUUGGCUGCUUUUAAAUUAAAAUUUAAUUUUGAAAAUAGUAAAAAUCUUGAAAAAAAAUUAUUGAAAAAAGUAGUAGUUUUCAAACACUUUUUCAUCUAAUUUUCUCCAGAAUUUAAUUCUACCCAAUAAAAUACUUAAAUACAGUUUCUUUUUAUGCAAUUCUUACUACUUCUUCGAAGAAUUAGUAUUUAGUGUUUUUCAACAGUUGUUGCUUCUAGGGCAUGGAAAAUUGAAUCUGAAAUUUGGAAGGGAGCCUUAGGAAAUGUUUGUAAUGAUUAAUAUGAGAUGAAAUGAUUACUUGAUCACAUGAUAAUUUUAACAAUGACACUAUGACAGUAAAAUUUUUAUUGCCUGUGCAAGGGAACUUUUUUUCUAAACGCUUAACUUUGUCUUAUCCAAAAAAUACGCUUUUAAUCUGCAAUAUUACAGUAUUGUCUCAUAUCUAUUGUUUUUUAAAAUAUACGCAAGUAUGCCUUGUUACAUUUAAUAUA